CGCUCAGACGCCCCCCUCCCCUCCUUGACAGCAACGGCCAUCUGCCGCUUCUUUUUCAGUUUCAAACCCAGCAGAUUAUUUACCACAGACUUCUAGCUUCACUUGACACAACAGAAAAAGCGUCUCAGAGAGCAGCUGCGCAGAAAAGCAGCAGGAAUCAGCCCGCUGUCCGCAUAUUGCGCUCAGCCAACGGGAGCCGCGGUCGCUUACAUGCAACCCGUCUGCGGAGACAGACUACAGGCUCAUAAAGACGAAGCGGAUUUGAAUUAAGCACCGGAUAACAGACAGCAACUGUGCAUCUUUCGGUGAGGGAGGGAGGGGGAGAGGGAGGCAACUGUUUUGUAUCUUGGAAGCCCUGGGUUAGGAGAGGGGGAGGAGGAGCGGAGAAUGAGCUAUUCUUGUACCAGCAGAGGCAACAGCCAGGACCCGUCAACCGCUAAGAAGCCUGCCGGUAAUAAUCCGGGCAGAGACACCGCAGGCACGAACAGCAGCAGUAACGGCAGCCCGAAGCAAACGGCGGCGAUGAAAGUGAAGAAAGGCUGCAACUCGACCGACGUGGGGGUCCCGGUGACCACGGAGGAGGACCUGCUCGGCAGCGCGGUGAUCACUCCGGAGGAUGUUCUGGGUUUGCAGAAGAUCACAGAGAAUUAUCUGUGCAGCCCGGACGAGAACAUUUACAACAUUGACUUCACCAGGUUCAAGAUCAGAGACAUGGAGACGUCCACAGUGCUGUUUGAAAUCACCAAACCUCCAUCCACAGACAAAUCAGGGGAGAAGAGGGACAUUGACCCUAACGCAGGCCGAUUUGUCCGUUACCAGUUUACCCCUGCUUUUCUCCGACUGCGGCAAGUUGGAGCCACCGUUGAGUUCACAGUUGGAGAAAUGCCAAUUGAAAACUUCAGGAUGAUCGAGAGACAUUAUUUCAGAGAGAAGUUGCUGAAGAGUUUUGACUUUGAGUUCGGCUUCUGCAUGCCCAGCAGCAAGAACACCUGUGAACACAUCUAUGAAUUCCCACCUCUCUCUGAAGAAAUCAUCAGAGAGAUGGUCCUGCACCCGUACGAGACGCAGUCCGACAGCUUCUACUUUGUGGACAAUAAGCUGGUCAUGCACAACAAGGCGGACUACUCAUACAACGGCGGGACAUAGAGAGGACGCGCUGACACGAGAGACAGGUGGAUGUACGGACUGACCAGAGGGAGGAUCAGAGUGCGCUGGUGGAAUUAACAUCGUGUCAAUCCAGUCGUCCCUCUCUCUUUUCAUUUCUCUCCUUCUCUAUCUCUACGCCAUCCAGAGAACGCCCAUACAGAUGUGUCAGUUUCAAUCUGUGUGUGUGUGUCUGUGUGUGUGUGAGCACGUGUAAGUUUGGCAAACGCACGCAAACUCACACACAGUUCGCAGCUCAGUGUGGCGUCAUUGUAACAAAGCGUUUUUGUAACAUGAUAAACCAGCAGGUAAACAACUUUUUAGGAAAUAUGAGAUGGUUUUUCGCUCUCUAGCCACGUCAUGAAGAGGAAACUCUUGAUAGAAAUUAUUUUUUUCAUUCCUGUACAUGUUAGGGUUAGGAACAAAUAUUGUAUCUAAAAACGUGUGUUUUUAGGACUUGAAUAACAGUUUUUGGGGAAAUGAUUUCUCAGAUUCAGUGUGUGUGUGUGUGUGUGUGUGUGUGUGUGUGUGUGUGUACUUUGUGUGACUGUGUGUCCAUAAGUAUGUCAGUUUUUCAGGCAUGAUGACUGGUCUGGUAAAAAUAAAUUAACUUAAAUGUCAAUAAUGUGGUCAUCUGGUUUGCAAAGGUCAAAUAGAUUUCCAAAACACAUUAGCACAUUUUCUACACGUUGAGCUGUGGUUAGUUCAUCAGACCUGUUUUCUGUUUCCUUCUCCUGUUAUUCCUUAUUUAUUUCUGGAGUCGUGUGACCUGUGUUAACCCUAGGGCGUAUGUCUUUAUUGUAUUUGCUCGAAGCACAACAUCUUUACAGAGCCCACCAUCAGUCAAAUUGUAAAGAUGAGCUGAUCUGAUAUGACCAUAACCGUACUUUGUCAUUUGGGUACUAGUUGGACUUGCAGCCUCAUAUUGUUUUGUUUAGGUGAUACAAAGGUUGUUAAGUUGUGUGUCUGAGUUUUGCUGUUUGGAAACUCCUAUUAAGAGAGAAAGGGAAAACUUGCAUUUGUAAAUGCGGAUAUUUUUACAGUCAGAAUUGUGUUGCAAAAAGCAGAAAGAUUUGGGGUAAUGUAGCAGAAAUCACCCUUAAAUCUUGUAUAUUUUUUUGUUCUGUGUGCUAUCUGUUUCUGUGUCAGUGCUCGUCAUGACUCUUAUGUCCUUUUGAUUAUCUCAUUUCUGCCUCGUACAUUUCUGUCUCAUUGUUUUCAGACACAUUCCAGUGAGUUAGGACCUGAGUGUGUUGAUCUCUUUUUAUUUGAGGGUAUUCAUCAUACAGAGAAUCAGUAACUGAACUGACUCGGUAUGCCUCUAAAUCGUAAUAUGCACACUUCUCGCUGACUCAAAUACAGUAGUUCUCAUUUUUUUCUGCAAAUCUGCACAUACUGUUUGAUUUGAUGCACUUAAAAGUCAGUUUAGUGAUUCUGCUUAAAUUGCAGUAAACUCUGGUCAUCUGUGAAAAUGUGCAGUCAGUUUAAAAGAAAUUACUCAAAUGCACCUGUUGUGUGAUCAAAUCAGUGCAAAAAAAGGGUGGAAAAUUAUUCGGAUUGUCAUUGGCUCAAUGUGAUUAAAAUCUGGUGGACUGUUUUUUUUGGGCCUUGUUAGUGACAGGGAAUAAAGUAGCAAAUGUGCUUAGGACGGGGCUCCAAUUGGACUCUGAUUGUUAAUCAGAGAUAAAACCGAUUGACUUGAAUGUUUAGUUUUAAAUAAAAAAAGAACCACAGAUAUGUAGAACAGAUUUAUUUAUAACUGAUUGUGACUCGUGAACAAAUUAUUUUGAACUGAUGUAAAGUUUUUGAAAUGUCGAUGUGACUGAACAAAAGUUAAAUCAAUAAAGAUUUAUGGGACAUUUUGAAAUAUCA